AUGGCAGCAGCAUCAUUAGAGUGCUGGCCAACCCGCACCACCACCACCGCCACAACCACCGAGGACGACACGGCUGAACAACAAGUCCUCAUGAGAACACACCAUAGAUCCGAAGUUCCUUCCACUACUUCUUCUUCUCUUCCCUCCAGUUCCAAAGACUCCUCCACUCUCAUCCAUAAGAACAAGUUUCACAAAUUCAGUCGCAAUUUCUCUGAUGCUAUUACAUCUUUCAAAAACACUCUCAACCUUAACAAUAACAACAAUCCUGAGUCUCCUCCUUCUUCUAAGAAACUCGCUUGGGCCUCUGUUCUUCGUAAUCUUACUCAACUCUACCCUGGAACUCAACUUCCUGAUAAUCUCAUCUCUACCAUUCGUAAUCAUUACCAUUCUCUCCCUCUCAGUUAUGCACAAGCUGAAUUUGAUAUGAAGGAUGUGUUUCUUCACAUCAAGUUGAUAGAACAGACAUUAGAAAGUGAUCAGCCUGCGAUUGUGAUUCAACAAGAGCGUGGUGGUGGUGGUGGUGGUGAGGUUCAGGUUGAAGGGUCAGUGUUGAAGCUAAGUUUUGCUUGCAACGCUCUCAUUUCGUGGCCUGCUAUGUCCGCUGUGUUGGGUAGUUUCUCCAUUUGUAGCAAAAGGGCUCAAAUCUUUGAGAAGAAAGGUUUCACUUUAGGGGUUGUUCUUGUUGUUGUUAGGUCCGGGCACGAAAAAAUGGUCAGGAACCAGGUUGAGAAUGCUUUGAAGUUUUCUCUAAAGAAAUCUAAAACCGGUGCUGUGAAUGUGAAGCUUCCAUUUGGACUCUGUGGGUGUCAGGAAGAGAGUUUCAAGGGGAGAGAAUUAGGGGAGAUUGGAGAAGAUAGUAGUAGUGGAAAGGAGUUUGAGAAUUCUAGCCAAAAGAUUCAGCUUCAGGUGCCUUUGCCUACCUCGUCUUUCAUUAUAUCGGUAGACGAAUGGCAGACGAUUAAAUCAGGUGGGGGUGAGAUUGAGAAAUGGUUGUUGAAUGCAGAUAAUAUUGAGUUUACAGAACAAAUUCGACACAAUUCUUAUAAGGGAGUCUAUAUGGGGAAAAGGGUUGGAAUUGAGAAGCUGAAAGGGUGUGAAAAAGGAAAUUCUUACGAGUUUGAGCUCCACAAAGAUCUUCUGGAACUAAUGACAUGUGGACAUAAAAACAUUCUGCAGUUCUGUGGUAUUUGUGUGGAUGAUAAUCAUGGGUUAUGUGUGGUGACAAAGUUCAUGGUUGGUGGAUCUGUUCACGACUUAAUGUUAAAGAACAAGAAGCUUCACAGUAAGGAUAUUGUUAGAAUCGCGGUUGAUGUAGCCGAGGGGAUCAAGUUUAUGAAUGAUCAUGGUGUUGCAUUCCGAGACCUUAAUACUCAGAGGAUUCUAUUAGACAGACAUGGGAAUGCUUGCUUGGGAGACAUGGGUGUUGUCACUGCCUGCAAGAGUGUCGGAGAAGCAACGGAGUAUGAAACGGAUGGUUAUAGGUGGCUAGCUCCAGAGAUUAUUGCAGGAGACCCCGAGAGUGUGACGGAGACAUCGAUGAGCAAUGUUUAUAGUUACGGAAUGAUAAUUUGGGAAAUGGUAACCGGUGAGGCGGCAUACUCUGCACUUUCUCCUGUGCAAGCAGCAGUUGGCAUUGCUGCCUGUGGUCUUAGACCUGAAAUUCCCAAAGACUGUCAACCAAAUCUAAAAUACAUUAUGACAAAGUGCUGGAACAACACACCUUCCAAACGUCCUCGGUUCUCCGAUAUUUUAGCCAUAUUGCUGCAACCAUGUAACAACAAUAGGUAA